AUGGGCAGUGUGUUUCUUCCGCAUCUGCGCACGGGCUGGCACGUCGACCAGGCCAUCUUGUCGGAGGACGACCGGCUCGUCGUGAUCCGUUUCGGCCGCGACGCCGACCGCGAGUGCAUGCUGAUGGACGAGAUGCUGUACAGCAUCUCUGCCAAGGUGAGCCAGUUCGCCGUGGUGUAUCUGUGCGACAUUGACGAGGUUCCGGACUUCAACGAGAUGUACGAGCUGUACGACCCGAUGACGGUGAUGUUUUUCUACCGCAACAAGCACAUGAUGUGCGACUUUGGCACGGGCAACAACAACAAGCUCAACUUUAUGGUUGGCGACAAGCAGGAGCUGAUCGACAUCAUUGAGACGAUCUACCGGGGCGCCGUCAAGGGCAAGGGUCUGAAGAUCAUCUACCGCUCCAAGCAGCAGCCGCUCGUGCCGCUGGGGUGUCUGGGGACGUGUGUUGCUGUUGCGAUGGCUGCAAAAGGCGUCCGCACAGGCAACGCCAGGAGCGCGCAGAAGUGGUUCAGGUGGCGUGUGGGGCUGCAGGGCCUGACCAUCGUGGCUUUGCUGGCAGGGUCCAUCUACUUUGACAAGACCUUCAGGGAGGGCAAGACGGAGCAAGAGCUUGCUAUCGAGAAGGCCCGCAUGAGAGAAAGGCUGUGGAUCGAGGAGCUGGAGCGCCGCGACGAAGAGAUGAAGGAGCGCCAGAGACGCGCCGAGCUGGCCAGGAAGCGCAAGGAGGAUGCCGAGGCGUCCAAGAGCGACUAG